AUGUCAUCCGAUCUUCCAGCUGCGCCAUCCGAUCUUCCCUCCACAUCAUCCAACCUUCUCUGCACAGUCUGCGGUGCUCCAGCCAGCGGUAGGCGAUACGGAGCCGCCGCCGCCUGCCUUGCCUGCAUCGUCUUCUUCCGGCGAUCAGUCCUAAGAAAGAUCCACUACACCUGUCAGGCACUAGGCAGGUGUGAGAUUACUGUAGCAUCUCGAUGUGUUUGCCGGUACUGUAGAAUGCAGAAAUGCUUGGCGGCUGGGAUGGAUCCUCGUGCAAUACAAAUCCGGGACCUUCUUGGGCCAAGGAGCUUAUCGUCAAGAUUAUCCUCACGUCGGAAUCUAGAUUUUUCUCCGAUUUUGGACUUAACUGAUUUUCUGAGCCUACAAAGGACCCAGUGCAGCUCUGGAAACCAAAAAUGUUUCCAGCAAACUUCUAGAGAAGCAACCUCUUCCGACAUAAACUCAUCUCUAAAACUAGCCAUCGAGCAUGCAAAUUCAUGGGCUCUGAAAUUUAAUUUUUAUGAAAAUUUCACGGAAAAAACUUCAAUUUUAUCGGAAUUUGCCAUCGGAUUUAUGCUAAUCGAUCAGGCAUUCAAAACUGCGGAAGAAGCUGAAAAUGGCUUCUGGCUCCUGCAAAAUGGGACUUUUUUGGUCGAAAAUGAGCACAAAUCCUACUCAAAAUAUGUGUCUGAAAUACUCAACUCAAUAGCAGUUCCGUUCAAAAAUCUGAAAAUUGAAGAGUUUGAGUGCGUGAUUUUGAAAAUUUUGCUGUUUUUGUCAGCCAAUUCCCUGCAAAAUCACAGGGAUCUUGCUCCUCACCGCAAGUAUUGUUUCAAGCUGCUCACGGAGCACCGGAGCCCUCCAGAAGCCGGGGAAAUAAUUUUACUGCUCAGCUCAAUUAGGUGUGUCAUAAAGUCAUUUUAUAAUGUAACUAGAAUAUCUGAUAUUUUUAAUGUUGAAAAUUUUGACGACGAUGUUAAAGUUGUACUUGUUGAAUAAAGUCAUGUUGCCAGGCACAGGCAAAUUGUUU